CGAAAUUCUUAUAUAAGUCAUUGUCUGAUGAUUUCGUAUAUAUAAUAUCAUUCAAAUACUCGCAAGUUGAAAAAUCAGAUGUCAACUCCUGGUUUGAGAAAGUGUACAUCUAAUUCAGACCUAUUAAAUUGCACAGUUACUACAAAUUGUAACCCAGUUAGAGCAUUUUAUGAAUUACCUGACGGUAAAUCAACCUCCGCUCAAAUAGUCAAAGAAUCAAGAGAUUGGCUCCAUUCAGUUUCAACAUGUAGACCAUUUACACCCAAAGACAAAACAAGGUCAUUAUUAAGCACAUCUGAUACAAGAACUGGCUAUAGACCACCUAGCGCUUUCACCGUCACUGCGAAAUCUUUUGACCCUUAUGAAAUACCAAGUAAACCGUUUGUCCAUUUGGAACCGAUUCAUGUAAAAGAUACAAAUGUUACGAAACAAUCAAAGGUUAAUAAAAUUGAUGCGAAACUUGUAACUAGAAAAUCUAGAAACCCGGAUGAUGGAUUCCGAAGCCGUCACUCUGCAGCAUCAUCUCAAUCCAGUGGAUCCAUGGGAGAAUCUGACAGUCAUACAAAUUCACCACGUCUGGAACUUGUCGGCAAACAGACUCGUUUGAUCUAUCCGAUAAAUGUUAGGCGUCCAGUUUAUUCGAAUAAUAAAUCAGAACGAUGCAUCACCCCAAAAUCUCCAAACAAUGGUUGUAACGAACUCCAAACGGAACUGAAUAAAACUAAAAAUAUCACUUCUAAAAUCAGUCCUAUUCUACCCGAUAGCUAUGCUUCCAGUAAUAAAAAAACAACCACAACAACAACAGCAUCGCCAACGAUUUCCUCACAUCCUUAUUAUCAUAGUCCUUCUCAAUCGUCAACAUCCUCAUCGAUAGAUAGUAGUCAACAUUUCCGACCAAAUACUCCGAUUGAUUUAUUCCUGUUGCCAAAUAAAACAACUUUACCUAUUGAAGAAGAUAAAUAUCAAUUUCGAUGUAAUGGUAUUCGUUCUGCGGUCACGGGGACAAGUACAAGUACAGAAUUUACUAAAUCAAUUGUCAAUGAGAAUAAACCUAAAUCUUGUGGCCCACAUCAACGUUCAGUUAAUUACGAUGUAAUUAAUGUAAAUUUAUGUGAUAAAUUUCAAACAUCUGCAUCUGGUGAUUCCGGUUUGUCAUCUGUUACAGAAUUAGAUCAUUUAAUUAAUCAACUAAAUGAGUUGUCAUUAUCAAAAUCAUCAACAAAAGCAACCAUCUCAUCAUCCUCAUCGUUUUCAUCCUGUUCAAAUUUGCAAGUAUCAUCCAGAGACAACGAUGAAUCAUCCAUUCAGGAACAAUAUCAAAAGUUAAGUCAUAGAGGCGACAAAGUUGCAUCUUCAACAAAAACAAUACAACAGUCGAUGGACAAAGAAGAAACCGAUCAUUCAGAUUUGAUAACAAACAAAUCAAACGAAAAUGAAAUCAUAGAUUUACUAAAUCGUAUACAAAAUUGUAUCAGUGAAUUCGAUUUAGAUGGGAAUCGAAAUUUUCCAAAUCGUUCAAUGUUACUGAAAGCUGUUUUCGACUUGAUUAAUUAUUCUUCAGCAAGGAUUCACUUAGCAGUAGCUAGAUUGAUACUAAACAUGAAUGUAACUGGCAGAAAUUUGUUGAACAUUUGUAAACUUGUCUACAAAGUGGCCAAAAAUGCUGAUAACGAUUGCUUAUUUCUAGAAAAUUCUAAUACACUUGAUAUUUUGAUUGACGCCUUACAAUCAUUGGAAUUGUCCACUAUAUCAAUCUCUCUUGCCUCAUCUGCGGCCUCCCCGUCAACAAUUUCAUCAAGCUCAUCAUCACUAUCACCAAUAUAUUUUUCAAUGAAUAAUCUAUUACAAAAUUCCACAUUAUUUUGUAUACAUUUAGAAAGUUUAGUAUUUUUAACUGGUACAAUAAAAUUCCUUAUAAGCAAUAACAAUUUUAUGCAGAAAUUUCUUUCGAACACAAAUUUCUUAUCAAAUUUAAUGACUAUUCACAAGUACAUCUAUGAAAUGUUAAUUUAUUUAUGGAAGAAUGGAAAAUAUUUUUGUUUAGUGAAUCCUGUUGAAAAUCAAGUGCAUUAUAAACGCAAUCAUGAUAAUGACAUUGUUAGUAAUAAUAAUGAGGAUGUAUACAGAAAUCAAAUUAGUAAAUUUAUUCAACACGCAUAUCACAUCAUAGUGCAGGUUACCGAGAUAUUUUGUUAUUUAAGCUCAAUGGAUUCAUUUCGUCCAAAACUAAUUGCAAAUAAUGGUAUAUUGGAACAUAUUGUAAAUUGUAUAAUCAGUUAUAAAGAAUUAGAUGAUGAAUUGUUGAAAACAAAUCACAGUAUAAUCACCACUCCUGAUAUGAAUAAUAAUAAUAAUAAUAAUCAAAGUGAAAUAGGAUUCAACUCUUCAGAAUUUUAUACUAUAUAUUUCAAUUGGAUUAGAUGUUUAUCUCAUUUAACUGAACAUGCAGAUGUUUGUUAUUAUUUAGAAAAUUGGUUAAUUCCAUCUAGCAAAGAUAUGAACAUUAAAUUAUCAGUGAGUACGAAGCCAAACAAUUUGAUUAAUGCAUGUCAAACUGUAUCAACACAAAUUGCAGUAUUGUGUUAUGCUUUGACCGAUUUCAUCUACAUUUUUGAAGAUAAACACGAACUUGUUGUAAGAAUAGCCUAUGUACUUGGCAAUCUGGCGGCUAAAUGUGAACGUGCACGUUUGGCAAUAAUACCUAAUCAAACUUCUUUGUUGAAAUUAUGCAGUCUGUGCCAUCGAUAUAAAGAAAUACAAAAGUCUAUUCAUCAAUCUGAUCAGUUUACGAAUAGAACUAAUUCAACUAUUGUUGAAUUUAACGAUACUGAUUCUCUAAACGACAGUAUGACUCAUAAACUGAACAACUCUGUCAAAUCAACCUAUUCAUUACAAUAUGAUAUUUUAGUGAAAUUAUUACGGGUCAUAGCAAAUGUCAGCAUUAGUAAUACGGUUGGAUUAAUCUGCACAACAAACUUUGAUUGCAUAAAUUUAAUUUUAGAAAUUAUUAAUUAUCAAACUAUUGGAGAGCCCAAUGAAUUACUGUUAAACUGUUUUGCAAGCCUAAAUAACUUGACUUACUAUAUAAAAUUGGAAUCAACUGACCAGUCUACUACAAAACAAUGUGAAAUAGCUGAAAUUUUAUUGCGUGUAAUAUCGAAGACUAAUUGCCAUCAAGAUGAAUUUCUUGGUAUCAUACGUGUGUUUGGCAAUCUAACGCGACAUACUGCAAUAAGGCAAUGGUUAUCUAAUAAUAGUAGUCAAUUAUUACAAGUCAAAUCUUUGCCAGCUGCGAACAAUAUCACUCCAAUUCGUAGUAUUAAUAAUGAUAAUGAUAACACAGAUUUGAAGAAUUUAAUUCAACAGAACGCAUUUCUAUAUUUAGUAAUCCAAGCACUGGAUUCUCCACGACCAGAUAUUGUUUAUAGUACAUUAGGUGUGUUGAUCAACUUGAUGACAGAUUUAAACCAACGACCGAUGUUACGAAUGCUGGGAGGUCUAUCAAAACUUGUAGAAAUUCUUCGUGAUUUUGCUGGAUAUGACUGGCAAUUAGCUGGAUUAACAUGUAAAACAUUAUGGAACUACACAGAACUGGUUGAUAAUUCACUUACGGAAAUUCUCGAUCAAGAAAUAAUGAAUGAGUUGUUCAGUUUACUAACUAAAUUUACUGAUGAAGAAUUUAUUGCACAACUGCACAAAUCAAUAUUAUCAAACAGUCCAGUAGCUGAAUCAGAUUGCUUAUUACUAUGGGAGUCUGCAUGGUCUGGUGAAUUUCUUCCUUUCGCAACUGAACUCCUACGUCGUUUGUCAAAUGCGCAACAAUGAAUUUAUUAAAUCUCAAAAAAGAUACGGAUUUGUUUUAAUUUACCUUAUUCGAUGGAAUGCAAUACUGUGAUUUUGGAGAGAAAAAAAACAGUUACAAUAUCAAGCUAUUAUGAGUGUGCAAAAACUAGAUUCUCAAGAUUUAUUUAAACAAGUGUUUAGUUAGGACUACUACGUAUAAACCUGAUAACUGCCUAUAUUUCUUUCAUACUAUUCGUAAUUAUUUAUUCAAUUUUUUUUUUUAUAUAUGAACAUAUUCUGCUUAUAUGAUUUUUACUGAAGUUCUAAUAUUAUUUGACCAGAAUCACUAUACAUAUAUAUUUCCUUUUAGUCCAGCUAAUUCCUGCUAAUAAUAUCACUUAAACAAGAAACAUUUUUUUUUUACUAUUUAUGCUAAGUACAACAUUAGUUGAUGUUAGUCUUAAAAAGAUUUGUUACAGAUGAGAAUUAUCCUAAAUACUACUGAUUGUUUGUUGUCAGAGAGAUAGCCAAACAGUAGUCAUACAAGAAUUCUGAAAGUUCAGUUUUUAGAUUUGUAUGAUUCAUUUCUUUGUACUGUUUACUUUUUUAUUUUCUUAAAUUAAUUUUAGUAAUAGGUUAUAAAUACUUAGUUUUCUGUUAUGUAGGGUUGACUUUACAAAUCCUUGAAAACUCAGCAGCUAGAUAUCAGUCAGAUACAUUGUAAACUGCUUAUUGGAAUUAAAAUAAAU